AUGUCUGAUAUCGAAGAAGAUCUUUUGGCUUUGGCAGGUGCCGGCGAGGAAGAAGACGAAGAUGAGGUGCUAACGACUUCGGCAAAGAGAAAUAAGGCUCCUGACAGUUCUUCGUCCAAGAGACGGAGGAUUGAGGUGGAAGGCAUCGACGAGGAGGAUAAGGAGGACGAAGAGGAAGAUGAGGAUGACUACAAUCCUGCCGCACUUGAGACUGAUAGGUACGCGGCGGCAGAUGAGGAAGUGGAAGAGGAGGAGGAAGAAAAUCCGUUCCCGCUGGAAGGAAAGUAUAAGGAUGAGGAUGAUCGUGCGUAUCUAGAGGGUCUGCCUGAAAUGGAACGCGAGACUUUGUUGUUCGAGAGAUCACAGAUAAUGCAGAAAUACCAAGAUCGUAAACUGUUCAGAGAGCGUGAAAGAAAUAUAAGGGAACAGCAGAGAGCUAGGCCUCUUAGAGACGGAGCUAAGACAAGAUCGUCAGGGAGGACAACUCACGCUACAGGCCAUUCUGAUCUGAAGGCUACACGGCUCUCUCAGCUCAGAAAGCAAAGGGAGAAGAGGAGUCAGAGAGCUGGAAGGGCCCAGGAGUCCGAGGAAGAAGAAGAAGAAGAGGAAGACAGAUACCAGGGAAGCGAAUACGAAGAGGGCGAGGAGGAGGAGGACUACGAUCCUUACUCUAGAACUUCGCACCUUGACACACAGAAGGAUGAGAUUGAGUGGGCGGAGGAUCAACUGGACCGCGAAGCCGAUGUCAGCCACUUCAAUAAGGUCAAGAUAGGCCGUUCGUUUGUUGCAAAAUUUUGUUUCUAUCCUGAGUUCAACGAUAUGAUAAAAGGUUACUAUGGAAGAGUUAAUGUUGGUGUCGACAAGCGGUCUGGACAAACGCAGUACAGAAUGGUCAAGAUCGAGAAGGUGUUUAUGCAGAAGCCAUACAGCAUGGGAAACUUUCUCACCAACCAGUAUUUUGGUGUCACGCAAGGUAAAGACAGAAAAGUGUUUCAGAUGAACUUCUUCAGUGAUGGUAACAUUACCCAGCAAGAAUAUGAAAGAUAUUUGAAAGCUCUUGAUGCAGCGCAUAUAAGCAAACCUUCCAUAUAUUCUCUGGAGAAAAAAUCAAAGGAGCUCAAUGCGUUUGUUUCUCAGCCAUUGACCGAUAAGUUGACAGACGACAUCGUUCGUAAUAGGAUGCGGUUCAAUAAGAAGUUAUCGGGUUCCAACGCAGUGUUAGAGAAAACAGUGCUGAAGGAGAAACUGAGAUAUGCGGAGGAGACUGGUAACGAAAGAGACACGGCCAAGUAUUCGGGACAGCUAAAAAACCUGGUUAAGCGAAUGUCGGCAUACGAGAAGCACCACGAAAAGGAUCAAAGCGGCAUCAAUAAAUUAAAUGCCUUGACUUCUAAGAAUCGGAAAGUCAAUAUGGACAGGAUCAGAAAUGCUGAGCACGUCAAGAAAGAAGACAGCAAUAUCGACGCAAAGAGUGAUCCUUUCAGCAGACUGAAAACAAGGACUAAAGUUUACUAUCAGGAAAUUCAAAGGGAGGAGAACGAAAGAGCUCAGAACAUUGCAAAGCAGAAGCAGCUCGAGGAAAGCGAAGAGGCAUUAGCCAAGAAGGAAAGGGAUAUCUUAUCAGCAGAUUUCAGACGACUGGGCGGUUUGGAAAGAGUCGUCGGUCAAUUGGAACUCUCUUUCACCUUCGGCGUAUAG